ACGGCAGCGACAUCCCCAAUGGCGAAGCUUUAUCGGAUGACUCCGGAGAUGACGACGUGCGUUGGUUAGCACGACGAGCGCGUGAAUGGCCUUCACUCUGCUGGCGGUGCUGCUCCGGACAAGUGUGCUGUGAUUCUUCCUUCCACCCGCGUGUUCGAUACGCCCGUGUGUGAAUUACGCGCGAAAAAAAAUCCAAUUACCUGAUUCGAAGUUUGUCAGCGAUGGGUGCGAUUUCGUGGUUGCUUCUGCUGCUCGUCGGCGUCCUGGAGUCCGUCGCCGCGGAAUGGAACACGCAGGACUACAUGAAGCGGGAACAUUCGUUGCAUAGGCCGUAUCAAGGUACAGGUAUGACGAUACCUAACUGGGAUUUUAUGGGAAGUACGAUGGUAACUAAUAAUUAUAUCAGGUUAACACCUGAUUUACAAAGUAAACAAGGUGCCUUAUGGAAUUCUGUACCAUGCCAUAUACGAAAUUGGGAACUGCAAGUUCAAUUUAAAGUACAUGGAAAAGGAAAAGAUUUAUUCGGAGAUGGUUUUACCAUUUGGUAUGCUAAAGAAAGAAUGAAAUCGGGCCCUGUAUUUGGAAAUCAGGAUUAUUUCCAGGGAUUAGCAGUGAUACUUGAUACAUAUAGCAAUCAUAAUGGCCAACAUAAUCAUCAGCAUCCUUACAUCUCAGCAAUGGUCAAUAAUGGAUCUCUACAUUAUGAUCACGAUCGCGACGGCACUCACACGCAACUCGCAGGUUGUGAAGCAAAGUUCAGAAACUUGGAACAUGAUACGCACAUAGCUAUAAGAUAUGAGAGAGAUACCCUAACUGUUUCCACGGAUCUUGCCAACAAAGCAGCAUGGAAACAAUGUUUUCAAGUGAAUGAAGUUAAGCUUCCAACAGGAUAUUACAUAGGAAUUUCUGCUACCACGGGUGAUCUGUCUGAUAAUCAUGAUAUAUUAUCAAUUCGUUUAUACGAAUUAGAUUUACCAGAUGAUCCCAAAGAUCAAGAAGACAGAUCACAAAUUGUGCCAUCAGCAUCAUUCUAUGAUGCACCAAGAGAACGUAUAGAAGAUCCAAAGCAAUCUAGCUGGAGUGGAAUAAAACUUUUCAUGGUGAUGUUAAUUUGUGCGAUCGUAUUAAUAGUCUGUGUUGUCAUUGCCAUUAUGCUCUAUCAAAAGCAUCAAGAAAACAGCAGAAAGCGAUUUUACUAAGUCAUGUUUGAAAUAACGUGUAUCUCUUGAGCGUCGCAGCUUAUCAUAUUUCUCCUUUAUUCGAGAUUUUUCAUAUAUAGGAUGUAUAUUGUAAAAUGCUCAUAAGACUGUGUUUUUACUUGGUUUUUUGUUCAGAAAUUAGUAUGAGAAUUUUUUUCUUUUGCGUGUAAGAAUAAAAUUCCGUAGGAUAAAGGAGAGACGUGUGUGUGUAUGCAAGUUCUAAUAAUUCCAAUAUUUGCUGAAUGUUGUUUCCAUUGGAUUAAUUGUCGAUGUCGUUGAUUGGGCUCAGUGUACAUUUAUUUGAUUUUAUUGUAGUCAGUAAAAAUACGUAUUUAUUUACAGUUCCUUUACCAAAGUUAUUACUUCUUCAGACAUAACGUGGAACCUAAUGAAAUAUAAACUUUUAUAUAUUUGACUUCUAAAAAAUAUGUAGGACAGAAGGAGAGAUAUUAUAAUGAAUGUAUUAUGACUUGUACAUUGUUAAGUGUAUUUUAGAAAGGUCUUGGAAAAACUGGUAUAUUAUAUACAUUAAUUUCAAGCCAAUGCUCAUAUAUACAAGAUCUUUAUAAUAAUAUAUACUUUUUCCAGAACCUUUUUGUCUAGGUUCAAAUUAAUUCUAAAGUCAAGUGAUUUUAAAUACUUAAGGAAAUACAUCACAGAUAUAUUAGAUAUUGUUUAAGGAGAUAAUAUAGGUAUCCUGGUUAAUUUCUUUUUUUGUAAUUUUAGACACAUUGAGUAAUUAUUUUCAUAUGCAGAUUAAAUACAGAAAAGACUUUAUUAACAUAGAUUUUAUAUUUGUACAUAAAAAAAUUAAUUGUACUUGAAGCUCCCAUAUUGCAUUAAGUUUGUGAUGGGGAUUAUUUGCUAAUUGUAAGUGCAACUGUUAAACAGACCAUUAGCCAUAUAAAUUAUGCAGUAUUAGAACGAUAUCUAACAUUGCAUAAAUGCAAUAUGGGGGUUCUAUCAUAUUUCAAUAUAACUACAUAGUAAAACUCUGUAUUGUAAUAUUUUAAUUCUUUUAUAUGGAAACUAAGAAAGAGGGAACCAAACCGUUUAAAUAAACUUGUCUUGUUAUCGACAUGAUAUUAUCACGUCGAAACAAUAAUGUAUCAUGUUGCCAAAUACAAAAUAAAUAUAUCUGUAAUUUUAAGGUAGUAAAA